AUGGGCACAAAUGUGAUAUGAUUUGGUUGAAAUAUACACAAGUGAUUGUUCCAGAAAGAAAGGGGUGUAGAGCAGUUUGUAAUGCAUGUAGAAAAGAAAUGGAAGGUCAAAUUCAAAGGAUGCAUGAACAUAUAAAAAAGUGCAAGCAAUCACAACUCCAUGAAAUUAUGGAGUCAAUUGAAGAUCAACAACUUCUUGAAGGUAACUCACCAUCAACAUCACAACAACAAAUGAAAAGGUCUCAGCCCGAUUCAACGUCAGCUGAUAAAUAUUUGAAAAUUGAUAAGUUUUUCACACAAACAAGGCUCAAAGAAAAAGAUUUAUUUGAUCUGCAACUUGGUAGAUUUAUAUACAGUACAAACUCUAGCUUCAGAACAGUUGAACACAAAGAAUUUAAAAAAUUUAUCAAUAUGCUUCAUCCAGGAUACACUCUACCUAAUAGAACUCAAAUUGGAGCAGAAAUAUUAGAUAGGGUUUACACAGAAGAAAUUGAAAAAUGUAAUUUAUUGAAUGGGAAAAUUGUAGCCAUGUCUUCAGAUGGCUGGAGUAAUGUACAUAAUGAACCUAUAGUUUGUAUCUCUGUAAUUACAGACAAAAUUAACAUUUUAGUAGAAACAAUCAACACUUCUGGUCAUUCACAUACUGGUGAAUAUCUUGAUCUUAACAUUGAAAAGCAUGUUACACAAAUAAUAAAAUAUAUAAUAAAUAAUCAUCAAGAUUGAAGAAAAUAUUAAAACCAAUUGCAGUAGCUCCAGAUAAGUUGCAAAGAGAUCAAACAAAAAUAAGUGACACUGUUGAAAUUUUUAAAGAUUUGAUGAACAUUUUAUCAUUUUUAUCAAACGAAAAAAAAAAAAUUGAAUCUAGAUACUUUCAAACUGUCAGUGAUUCUCAUUUCCUAGCAAACGCACUAUUUUGGAUCUAAUCAUUCUGAAAAUAAAAAUGAAGCUGCCAUGAAUUUCGCAGACAAAGAGUUCAAGAAUUUGUUACCAAUAAUAUUCAAAUUAAAAGCCAAAUCUAUUCCAUUCAAUAAAAGCUAUUUGUAUAGUGAAUCUGUUUUAAAAAAUGUAUCACCAAUAGAAUGGUGGAAAUCUCUAAAAAUUGUGGAUUAUAACAUAAUGGAUAUUGAAGGUUUAUUAAAUGCACCAGCUUCUAGUGCUAGAAUCGAAAGAAUUUUUUCAACUUUUGGUCUUGUUCAUACGAAGUUAAGAAACAUAAUGGUGG